CCCGUUGCACCUUCAAACCUGAUCAGAUCUGUGCUGAAAAGCUUAAAAGACUAAUUUACCUGAAAUAUCUGAGAUGUGGAGUUUAUUUUAGAAUGUCACGCCUCUGUCUGCCUGACAGACUAGAAGCAGGGCUAAGUCAUUAAGUGUCAGAACAUCCUUUUACACUGAGGAAUGCUCACAAGUGUUCGCUUGUUACCUGUAACCUGAAGGAACUCAACCACUGCAGUUAUCAAUCAAAAUGUUCAGGAUUCUGAAACAGCCAUCCAUGACACUUUCUGUGGCACUAGGAGUUGUCUUUGUGAUGGUGUUUUUCUACAAUUUUCAAGAUUUCUCAGAUGUUGACCCCCCAUUUCUUCAAGUCAAUGUGAGGAACUAUGUUAUCCAUGAGAAGCUACCCAACAGAAGUUUGUCCAGGUACAAUUACUUCUGGCACCACUGUCAGCAGAACACAUCUGCUGCCAACAUCAGCGGUUUCAGUUCACUUCCUGGAAACAUACAGGAUGUCAUUUAUUACCAGCACUGUCGGCAUUUCCCCGUGCUGAUUGACAUUCCUGACAAAUGCGGUGGAGUCGACGGGUCUGUCCAAGUCUUUCUUCUGCUGGUCAUCAAAAGCUCUGCUACAAACUACGACCGCAGAGAGGUGCUGCGCAAAACCUGGGCCGAGGAAAGACUUUAUAGGGGUGUGUGGAUUCGAAGACUCUUCAUCUCAGGGACGAUGGGUUCUGGUUUUGAGAAAGAGAGACUGAACCAACUCCUCCAAAUGGAGCAACGCAAGUACAACGACAUUCUCCAGUGGGACUUCAAUGACUCAUUUUACAACCUCACUUUAAAGCAGAUGCUUUUUCUAGAGUGGAUGGAGAGAAACUGUCCACACGCUCGCUUCCUGCUGAACGGUGAUGACGAUGUCUUCGCCCAUACAGACAACAUGGUUGUGUAUCUCCAAAACCUGAAGGACAACAAUGGAAGUGAGCAUCUCUUUACUGGCCAUCUGAUCUCCUCUGUGGGACCCAUUCGACAACCAAAUAGUAAAUAUUAUGUUCCAGUGCAGUUGUACGAGUCCCACUCAUACCCCGCCUACUGUGGUGGUGGUGGGUUCCUUCUGUCUGGCUACACAGCUAUGGUCAUAUACAACAUGUCUCGCUCCAUCCCUCUCCUUCCCAUCGACGAUGCUUACAUGGGAAUGUGCUUGGCCAAGGCAGGACUAAAGCCAGAGUCCCAUGCUGGGGUGAGGACAGCAGGACUACACCUGCGUGGCAAAAAGGUGGAUAUUUACAAUCCUUGCUAUUACAGGGAAAUGAUUCUUGUUCACAGAUUCCUCUCAGUUAACAUGUAUGUUAUGUGGAACAGGCUACAUGACCCAAAGCUCAACUGCUCCACCCAGGAUCAAAUAUAACCUAGAGUCAAUAUGGCUAAGCAAAUCAAGGCAGGGCAAAUUUUGUUUAUAGAGCACGUUAUCACGCACAAAGGUCAUUCAAUGUGUGUUACAGUGUUAAAAUGUUAAAACUAAAGAGAAAAUAUAAGAACAAUAAAGUUCAACUCCUCAGCACUCACAUGGGUAAAGCAACAGAGAACAUGGCAUUUUUGGGGGUAUUUGUGAUUCAUUUACCCGACAGAGACUUUAAAUUUGUGCAGGAACCACCCCCUGAGGGGUCUUGUUUUGCUUCAGCUUCCGGACUCUUCUACUGGAUCUAGUUAUUUAUAUACUUAAUUGCUCUGAACAAACAGUGUAAUUGUAAGAGCAAUUGGGGUUUUAUAAAUUAAUGUCAUGGAUGUUAUACUAAAAAAUGUUAAUAAGGAAAGUUUCUUAAACGUAUGAGCUUUCUGAUGACCCUGUGCUCUUUGGAAAGCCUAAUAAACAAAUCCAAACUGGAUUUAAUUUUUGUUUGAAAUCCUCAAAUAAAAACGGGUUUUAGACAAGUUGUUGUUUUUUGUGUUCUGCUUAAACGGUUGAUGCUUUUAGUCAUUUAUAUGAAUUUAUACACGGGAGCUCUAAGUAAAACACAGCAAAACGCCAUCCAAACAUUACCAUAACCUUUGUAAAACUAAAUAAACUAUAAACUAAUCCCAUAAUUACAAGCUUAGUUACCGGUAGUCUGCAUUUAUUGUUUUCACUCUGAGAACAAAGACUGACUCAUAGGUCAUCCAGAGGAAGAAAUAGCUUCACAGUCUGCAUGUUUGGAUUGUUGCGCUCUCAUUGCACCCCCCAGAGGACAAGAGAGAAAACAUUUUGCUACCAAGAAGGUGAAAGCACCUUGAUUAUGGUUUUGGUUUAGCGGAGGCAUCGUGAGGUACAAAAAAACCGAAGACCUUAUGUCUGCAGCAGAACAAUCAGAACGUCUCACUGUGCAGACAGUUUUAAUGGGGAAAAUGUAAAAGGUCAGCAACAAGUUCUUCAUGAAAUGCUCUCAAUAGCUAAUCAGGAAGGGCUACGGACGUCUCAGUAGAAAUCAGGAGUUGUGUAUCACAAAGGUGUGUGUUAACCCAAUUCAAAAGGAGGGAAACAUUGGCGAUGGUUUCCUGUCCAUCAGUCUGGGAAGGGCUGAUGAUGCACUCCAUCAUUUUGAGAGAACAGUUGCCAUUUUCACCCAAAAGAAGUUUUUUUUUUUUACCGUGUCCUGUCUGGCUGUGAAGCAAACAGAAUUAAUGUCUGAAUGCUGGUAACAAGCCUUACAGAUUUACUCUCAGUUGGAGCAUCAAAGUGUCUGCUUUUAAUGUCAUGCCUGAUACUUAAAACUUUAUUGUUAUUGUUUUUGAAUGCUUUGUAAUUCCGA